UUAAAAUUUUGAAUUGAAAGAUUUAGACGUAGGUAUAUAGAUUUUUUUCGUUUCUUGAAUUAUUGAAAUGGAAUAUUCAACUUCACAACACAGUUGUGUCAAUUGUGCAGUAAAAUUUCAACGCAAUGUGCACGGGACAGCUGCAGAUCACUGCAGAUGUUCGAAAUCUCAUAUCAGAGUCGAUUCCUCGCGAGUUAUGCAUUCCAUGUGGUACUUCACUGUUAAGAGCCCUGCAAACCCAUGCUGUGUCUAUUGACUUGGUGAAAAAGAAUAUUAUUUUGAAAUGGAUACCAACACAUCAGGUGGACUAUCUAGAUCAAGUUUGUAUGCCACGCUGGAUAAAAGCCCAUCGAGCUGUGCAGAGGUAUUGGAAACAAGAUUGCAAGCAGGAUGUAGUAAUUCAGCUAAUACCAGUGGAAGUGGCAGACAGCAGCAUUCCAAAACCUCCACCUAUGCCUCCUCCAUCACCUUUUUUUUUUUAUAGUGGGGAAAUCUUCCAAAUAUACCCACGGCCCCCGGGGAAGGAGCCGAGGGUUAUGUCGGAUUCUUACCGACUAAAACCCCACUGUGUUCCGUCAAGCCGCUUUAAGAAUGGGGCCGCGGGUAUUUGUUAGAAUUCUUCCGCGACCCUCCUCCAUCACCUGUCAUAUCUCCCAGUGUUAGAGAAGUACCAACCAUCACUAUGUCAAAUUAUAAGUGUGCAGUGUCCACA